AUGAAAAGAUUCUCAUCCGCACUUCCAUUUUCUAAAAAAUGGUCGAGCGGAAAUCCAGAAAUUGAUCGGUUUCUUGAAGAAAGUAAAUCAAUUUCUGAAGGAUCAAAACUGAAAAAUUCAACUAAUAUUGAAUCAACACUUAAUUCAUCUACUUAUUUGUCAACGAACAAAUCGUUAGAACUUGAAAAGUCGUUGAAAUGGAUACCUUUUCAUGAAUUUAGUAAUUUGGUAGAAAUUGGAAGAGGUGGAUUUGGAAUUGUAUAUUCAGCUAUUUGGCAUAAUGCACCUGAAAAAAGGUUUGAUUUAAUUUGGAAUAAGAAACGUGUCGCUUUGAAAGUUAUAUUUGGGUCUAAUGUUUCAACUAUUGAUCUUUUAAAUGAGUUAAAAUCCCACCACCGAUGUAUGGAAUCUUUUAGAGUUCUUCAUUGCUAUGGUAUAAGUCAAGAUCCAUCGACUAAAAAUUACAUUCUAGUAAUGCAAUACGCAAGUGAAGGCAACCUCCAAAACUACUUGGAUAAAGCUUUCACCCGUUUCACCUGGCAUCAAAAAAUAAAUAUGCUUCGAGAUAUUGUUUUAGGUUUACAAGCUAUUCAUUCAGAAAAUUUGAUUCAUUGUAAUUUUCAUAGUGGUAAUAUCUUGCGUCAUGGAUAUGGAACCGAUCGUAAUAAUUUGGAUACAUAUAUUUCGGACAUUGGAUUAUAUCAUUCUGUCGUUGAUUCGAACGAUAAAGAAAAAGUAUUCGGAGUAUUGCCUUAUGUCGCACCGGAAGUUUUAAGGGGUGAAAAAUAUACUAAAGCGUCAGAUGUUUAUAGUUUGGGAAUUAUAAUGUGGGAAAUCACAUCGGGUGAAAAACCUUUCAUGGAUCGUGCGCAUAAUAUGGAAUUAGCAAAAGAUAUUUGCAAUGGUCUUCGCCCUAUAAUUGUAAAUAAUACACCAGAAUGUUAUGUUCAAAUGAUGAAACAAUGUUGGGACGCGAAUCCUUUAAUGAGACCCACGGUUGAAAAUUUAAUUGUUAUUAUUAGUGGAUUUCGAGAAGUUUCAAAUUAUAAAGUUCAGAUAAUGAAUGCAGAAUAUCAUAGGAAUAACUUGGCAGGAAAAUUUGGAUCAAAGAAAAAGAAACACCCGGAAGCCGGCUAUUCUAGUCGUAAACUUGAUUUUAUGGACUUGCCAUUGCCAAAGAAUGAACCAGAACCUUCAACGACUCAAUCUGAUAAUCAUUGUGUCAGAUAG